AUGGCGGCAGUAAAAUCUAUUGACACAACUUCGAUACAUAGAAUUUGCUCGGGUCAAGUUAUUUUAGAUUUAGCUACAGCUGUAAAAGAGCUUGUUGAAAAUGGUCUUGAUGCCCAAGCCAGAGCAAUAGAGAUUAGGUUUAAAGAGUAUGGAAUACAAUCGAUAGAGGUGAUUGAUGAUGGUACAGGAAUAAAUCAGCAUAAUUUCGAACAACUCGCCCUUAAACAUAGUACCUCUAAGCUUUCUAGCUUUGAAGACUUGAUGGAUCUCAAUUCUUUUGGUUUCAGAGGAGAAGCUUUAAGUUCUCUCUGUGCUCUAUCAAAGGUUGUGAUUUUAACCUGUACACAGGAGGAGGCUCCCACUGGAUUUAAAUUGGAAUUUGAUUCUCUCGGAAAACUUAUUAAAAAGACACCUAUAGCUCGUGAGCGAGGCACAACAGUGAUCUUGCAAGAUCUGUUUGAACCGAUUCCUGUUCGGCAUCAAGAAUUCAAAAAGAAUAUAAAGCGGGAAUUUGGUAAAACCUUGACAUUAUUACAAGCCUAUGCCAUAAUUUGUAUAAAUUUGAAAAUCACUUGUUCAAAUCAACUUAAUAGGAGCGCAAGAACUGUAGUCCUCAGUACCAACGGGAAUUGUAGCAUUCGAGAUAACAUUGCUAAUUUAUUUGGUGCUAAAACAUUAACACAAAUUGUACCAUUUGAUUUUAACAUCCAAGUGACACCGGAGAAACAAAAAAUGUCAAUAGACUCUGAAAAUCAGUCAGAGAGUGAUGCAUAUCCUAUACAUAUUGUUGGAUACAUAUCAAAGCCAAUGAAAGGCUAUGGUCGAGGAAAUUCCGAUAGACAGUUUUAUUUCAUUAACAGCCGACCUUGCACUUUACCAAAGGUUGCUAAAACUAUUAAUGAAUUAUAUAAAAGUUUUAAUACGAAUCAAUAUCCAUUUUGUGUUGUCAAUUUUCGGCUUGAAAAAUGCUAUUACGAUGUUAAUGUCACUCCUGAUAAAAGGACUAUUUUUAUUCAUAAUGAAAACAAAAUCCUCGAAGAGUUGAAGAAUGAAAUGAACAGUGUUAUGGAACCAUUCCGUUCAACUUUUACGUGUCUUAAUACUGAAAGUAUAAAGUUGUUUACAAAGGAGAACAGUCCUAAUGAACUUAAUAAAGUAAAUGUUAGUUACAACGAAACAAAGUUCUGCGAGAAUGAAAUGAACAGUGUUUUGGAGUCAGUCCGUUCAACUUCUACGUGUCUUAAUACUGAAAGUGUAAGGUUGUUUACAAAAGAGAGCGGUCCUAAUGAACUUAAUAAAGUAAAUGUUAGUUGCAACGAGACAGAGUUCUGUGAGAAUGAAGCAAACAAUGUUUUUGGACCAUCCCGUUCAAAUUUUACGUGUCUUAAUACUGAAAAUAUAAAGUUUUCUACAAAAGAGAACGGUCCUAAUGAACUUAAUAAAGUAAAUGUUAGUUACAGCGAGACAACAAAAUUCCGUGAGAAUGAAAUGAACAAUGUUUUUGAGUCAUCCCAUUCAACUUCUACGUGCCUUAAUACUGAAAGUAUAAUGUUGUCUAUAAAAGAGAACGGCCCUAAUGAAUUUAAUAAACUAAAUGUUAGCUACAACGAGACAACAAAGUUCUGCGAAGUAGAAAAUAGUUGUCAUACUCCUAACAAUGGCCAGAGAAAGGAUCUGGAAAUUCCAUCAAUUAUAGGAUCUGGGACAACUAUCUCCGUUGAUAAUUUAAAUUUCGAGAAAGGCCAAAGAGACAACACAGAUGAGAGACAGAUACUUAAGGUCCCUUUUGAUAUUUCAAAAUAUGAUAAGAAUAAAAUUAGGGAACAAUCGAACAACUUUCCCAAGAACAAUUUUAAGAAAUGCUUGCGAGAUGUCGCUGGCAUUAUUUCUUCUGACAAUGAAGCUGCUGAACGAGAGCUAAAUAGGGUUAUAAAGAAAACUGAUUUUUCAUCGAUGGAGAUUGUUGGUCAAUUUAAUCUUGGGUUUAUUAUUGCUAAACUAUAUAAAGACGAAGGCUGUGACUUGUUAAUAAUUGACCAACACGCGUCAGAUGAAAAAUAUAAUUUUGAACAACUUCAACUUCAUACCAAAAUUAAUUCUCAGAGAUUAAUCAGUCCAAGAUCACUGGAACUUACUGCUGCAGAGGAAUUAGUUGCCAUUGACAAUAUAGACAUCUUAAAAGCAAAUGGAUUCGAUUUAGAAGUUGAUUUAGAGGCUCAAACAACAAAAAAAUUAAAACUGAUAUCACAACCAAUAAGUAAUGAUAUUAUCUUUGGCGUUGAAGAUUUGGAAGAAUUAAUUUUUCUACUGUCUGAAAGACCCGGAGAAAUGGUUCGUUGCUCAAAAGUUCGAAAGAUAUUUGCCUCUCGAGCCUGCCGCAAAUCUGUAAUGAUUGGAGAUGCAUUAUCACGUCAACAGAUGGAAAAGAUUGUAAGGCAUAUGAGUGAAAUUGAUCAACCAUGGAAUUGCCCUCAUGGUCGACCAACUAUGAGGCAUCUUUUCGAUUUGUCUCAAAUUCAGACUUAUCCUUUAUAUUCUAUGCGUCAGCGAACUAAUCAUGUUAAGUGA